AUGGAAAUAUACAAAAUCACUUCACCUAAAGAAUGGUCUUACUUUGCAAACGGAUCAGCCAAUAUCUUAUUCAAAUACACUGGUACUAAUGACUACCUAACUCACAAGUUAUUACGACUACGUUUACUAAAAGAAGAUGAAGAAUAUAUUAGUACUUGUGAAUUAUAUGAUUUUAUCGAAUUGAAAUGUAAACAUUUGUUUCCAAAACAAAUUAUUGACAUUCAAUUGAUUGUCUUAACUUCUGAAUUCGUUAGAGGGUUAGAUAGUGCUGGAUUUAAACUUCAAUUGAAUGAACGAUAUGGAUUGUUAAUUCCAAAUAUAUUGGAUGGAAAUUAUACAAAGAUUGCCUUGCUGAAACAUUGUCAAUUAUACUUGGGUAGUGAUGAUAUUAAUACUACUAUUGGUAAUCAACAACAACAACUGAGACAGAAUGAGAACAAUCACACACGCAAUAAGGCAGACUACUCUUCAUUGACUCAAGAUAUUAGUCUGUUAACUACUGGGCCGGAUUCACAACAACGGCCACCCAUUAAUAACAACAACAACAACAACAACAACAACAACAAUAUUAUUCCCAAUGGUCACCCAAUGAAUGAAAAUAUUGCCAAUUUUCCAUUGACUUCACAUGGUACCAUCAAUUCAAUAAUCUUUGAAAUCAAACCAAAAUGGUUAUAUGACAACAAAUCAUCAAAUUAUUGUCGAACUUGUUCCCUUAAUCAAUUACGCAAUGUUCCUCGACACUUUUGUCCUCUUGAUUUACUAUAUCCCACCACAAUUGAUCAAGGACUAGAUGAUAUUUUUUCUAAAAUUCCAAAAGAGAUUAUAGACCUUAUUGAAGUUGAAAAUAAUUUCCCCUUGAAGCAAUUGUUUUGCCAGUUUUUGUCCAAUCCCGAUCAUAAUGUCUUUGCCAAAUUAAAGCAAUACCAAAAGAUCAAUAAUAAGAAUGAUUUGAUUGAAAACUUGACUUCAUCGCUGGAUGUAUCACAAAACUUGUCAUUAGUUAUGACCUUACGUGAUGUGGGAUUAUUUAUAAAGUUUGAAAAGUACGAUAGAAACAAUGAUAUUCAUAAUUCUCACAACAAUAUCAACAAUCUAAUAACUUUACCAACUGCAUCACCGACACAUAUCAAUGGUGGUUUUGGUGGUGCUUAUCAAACAACGCCCCUGUCAGAGUCAUCGCAUACCUAUCGUGACCAAGACCAAUCCCAGAUUCAAGACUCAGCUAAAAGGCAAGAGGAACUGGGACGAAAAUAUCUCGUUACGUGCAACAUAUACGAUUUGGAUUUGAAAAGUAGAAUGAAAUACAAGUACUGGUUACAAGUUGAACAUGAGUUGCAAGGAAUCUAUAAUCUGAACAAUCCAAAUUGGAGGCAUUGCUGUAAAUACGGGAGUCUAGAAAAUACUAAUUCUUAG